UAUCGCUCCGAGCAAAAAACAACUCACACCUGAACGCGGCCGGGGUGCACUCGCUGCGAGAUACAGCGCCCACCAACAAACGCGCCAUUCGCUCACGCAAUCGACACGCCGUGCUGCGCUCUGUCUGCGGCCUCCCUCUGCUGUCCGCUCCCGCCUGCGCUGCCCUCACCGACGUGGCUUCCAAAGAUGCAAACCGCUGGAAACAUCGGCUGGGCGCGUCGACUAUUCUUCUUUUCCUAGCAGCGUGGCAGGACGCAGCACCCCAACGUGCGCCCACGGCGCCGUAACAGCCGUCAGGCACCGACAGCUCUGCGCCAACACCACCGUCACGCCGCGCUCUUGCUCCCGCCAUUGGUCGGCUGCUGUCAUCUCGUCGUUGCGCAUUCCGCACGGCCACGCCUCUCGCCCCGUUGAAUAUACAUUCAGCGAUCUGGCACGCAAGUCGGGAUGGAGUCCCAUUCGCACUCACUCCUGUCUCAGCAUGGCUUGCGUCGCCUUCCACAGACCCUCGUCUUGCUGCUGAAGACGUGCCUGGCUGGUCCGAGCGACCGCCCUGAUUCCGUAGCUCACACCGACCUUCCCUCCUGGAACUCUAUAAGACGCUCCGUUGUCAACCUCGUUUGGCUUCUAAAUCCCCUUGAUUGUCGUGGAGAGAGCUCUUUUUUGACGUUGGUGGGCAUGGUCAAGUUGACAGCGCUGUGUGGCAUCGGUUCUGGGCUCUGGGUAUGGAGCACACGCAACAGAAAAGGAAAGAGGCCUGCCUCUUCCGAUGGGUCUACCCAUGCAGCCGAAGUGUCUGAUGUCGAUACUGAUGCUACUGAUCCGGGACUGCUCAAGAAGCACUCUACCAUCCGCGAGUACACUGUAGAUUCCACCGGCUUCACCUAUCCAGGUAUACGGACCUUCUACCGAGCCCAUCCGCAAGAGCAGAAGCUCCCCCAGGAGCCUCGACCAGUGCCUCUUUUAGUCUUCAUCCACGGCCUAGGAGGCUCCGUCGCCCAGUUCAACCCCAUUCUGCUCAGUCUUUCCAACCUUGCUUCAUGCUUGGCCAUCGAUCUUCCUGGCUGUGGCCGUUCGAUCUUUGCACCCACAGAAUGGGAGGCGUAUACCACCGAGGCACUUGUCCAGCUUCUUGCUGUUGUGAUCGAGGCCCACCGAGAUCGCGAUGGUAACCAGCAGGUGGUCUUGAUCGGGCACAGCAUGGGAUGCUCUUUGGCAGCCAUGCUGGCAUCGCCGUCCUCUCCGUACGCGCACCUUAUCAGCAUCCACGUCAGCGGAUUGAUCGCCAUCUGCCCCAAGGCUGACCCACCAACUGAGAAACAGACUGGGCAGCUGAAAAAGGUUGCCGCCUUGCCAGGGUUCCUGUUCGAUCUGGUUAGGAGAUGGGAUAGAAGAGGAGGCUUGAACAGUGUCAGCGUGGCUCGAAUGGCAGGAUGCGAUGCUGACGAGGAGACGAAGAAGCUUCAACUUCGCUACAACAGGCAAAGCCGUUCUAAGGUCUGGCAGCGCAUGGCUCGUGGGAUGUGUCCCAAUUAUUCGACUGGCUCCCCAAAGGGAGGUCUCCCGGGUCGAGAGGUGUGGGCAGGACUAAAUCUACCGGUAUUUCUUGCAGCUGGGGCCGCUGAUCAGACGACUCCGGUUGUCAACGUUAAGCGCAUUGUCGAGUUUCUGGGUCGAGAUGUGACCGCCAUCGAACCCCCGAGCGAGAAAGCCAGUCUCCCGAUUGCUGCUGCCCCGGUAGACUUAGCAAGAGUCGACCCAGAGAUUCUAGAACGAAAACACCAAGACUCAGGUGUUGAUCCAGGUGACCUGCCAGGCAUGGAUGACAACACUAGUGGCCGUGCUUCGUCCUCGCGCUACUCCCAAGAUCAAACCUCCGUACAAACCAUGGCAUUUUCGUCGACUGGCGAAAGCUCGGACAACACCGAUGCCGGAACAGAAGCAGCGGAUUCCACGCCCUCUAACCUACCUGUACCUUGCACUCGCCGACUGGUCGUCAAGACUGCGAUUAUGCCGAAGCCUGCCGCACAUUCUCUCCUGUUUGCGCCAACGAGCUCGCGGAUCAUAUCUGGCUUGAUAAGUAGUUUUCUCGCCGACCACAUUGAUCCUCGUCUCUCGCUUGCUUGGCAGCUUCAGUACCUGUCAACGGAGGGCAAGUGGGACGUCAAGAACUUCAAGAAAUGGCAGGCAGUGCAGCCUGUUUCCCAACCAAUCGCUGGUAUCUUCCGUGCUAUGAAGACUCUCCGCGAAGUUGACGAAGAGCACUCGCCAAAGAUUUUCGUCAAGCAGUGGGCAGGUAAGCUUCAUGCUGUUGUCGACAUCAGCCACGACUCUCCAGUCUACGAUCCCAAGGGUCUAGAGGCCGGGGGUAUCUCUUACUACAAAUUUCCUACCGUUUCGAAGCAGCCACCAACUAAGGACGAGGUGUGCAUUUUCAUUCAGUUGAUCGACAAGAUCCGCAGCGGGAAGAAGGACGAUGAUCAGUCUUUGAUCGGCGUCCACUGCCAUUAUGGAUUCAACCGUACCGGCUUCUUCUUGGUUAGCUAUCUUAUCGAAAAGGAAGGUUACAAGGUCCAGGAUGCUAUUGAUACUUUUCAGCGGGCUCGCGCGCCCGGCAUCCGGCACAACCACUUCAUCGACGAGCUGCACGUUCGCUAUUUCCCCGGACUUAAAAAGGCACCGACGCUGUAGCAGAGGCGCCGGGUGCUGCCGCCGCACGCAUUGUUUCGUUUUUCUUUCUUGGCACUGUAGGAUAUUGCUGGUAUUCGUAAGGCAUUCAUUGAGCGAUGCGUCCGGCGUUGUAUACAAGGGAGACUGGACUUGAACCUGUUAGAUGGUUUCUUUUGGAAAGGAUACAUGGCUGAGCUGGGGCUCGCGGUAUAUACUAUUUAUCACGGCUGGUUGCUGAGAUGGAUGGUUCUUAAUGCAGUGUUGAUACAUUC